UGUUGCGGAUCUGAAGCUGAUUUACUCGUUUUACAUGUCUUAAUUGGUAUUACUCUCGCGCCACCUUUCCAGAUUAAACUGGCCUUCCACAGACCGAGCUGAAGCUCCACUGAUUCGCAUUAAGGCACCAUGAAUCCCUGUCCAACACCCGGCUCAGAGCCAGCUUCAUGAGUUAAGUGAAAGGUGCGCGAGUUAUGCUCUUCUAAUCAAAUUAGCUACAUUGUAAACAAUAAGCACUUGACGCCGGAUGACAACUGUACUAACUUGGCAGGACCCCGCGGCGGGAGGCUGGGAACUCUCCCCGCCCCGGUGGGCUGAUAUUCGGGGAGAGUGAGCAGUGUGCCGGCGGGGCUUGGACUGUAAAUGCUAUUUUGAAAAGUGACCUCCCCCUCUCUCUGUGGACACACACACACACACACACACACACACACACACACAUACACACACACCCACCCCCCCCCCACCUGCUCGGAACCAUGUCAGAAGAUGACGGAUACAGUUGUCGCGGAGGGACAAGUCAAGUUCAGAGAUGGAAAAAAGUGGAAGACUCGGCGCGUCCUUCUUCGGAAGCCCUCGCCGGUAGCAGACUGUCUGUCUCUGCUGGUAUAUAAGGAGAAGAAGAAAGGGAAGGAGAAGGGCCGCAGCCAGAAGGAGAGGCUCAAUGUAACUCUGGAGGGGAUCUGUGGCGUGGAGCCAGGGCCAGGAUAUGACGGGGUCUCCUACACCUUCUCCAUCCUCUGUCUGGCACACACGCUGGUCCUGGGCUUCAACAGCCGAGACGCCCUGCUGGCCUGGGAUGCCCGCGUCCGCUACAGCCUGGGAGAGGUCCACAGGUUCAGCGUAAAUGUUGAGCCAGGUACCAAACUGGAAUGUGGCCCCGCCUCCCUCCACCUGUGCAACAACCUAUUGGUACUUACCAGAGGCGUCCCCCCUGUUGUCAUUGGCCACUGGAAGUUGUCGGCGUUGCGUCGAUAUGGUGCGGUGCCAAAUGGCUUUGUGUUCGAGGGGGGGACUCGCUGCGGCUACUGGGCUGGUGUUUUCUUCUUGUCCUGUUCAGAAGGAGAGCAGAUCAGUUUGUUGUUUGACUGCAUGGUCAGAGGCAUCACCCCCAGCAGGACCCCUCAUGGCCUGCGCCCUGUCCUGCCAGCAGAUCCCAAUGCUGACCCAGAGUCAGCGGAGAAACGAAUCAGCCAGGAGGCAUCAGAGCUGGAGAAAAGACUCAGUAUGUUAUCCCAUUGCAGCCUUGCAAGCAGCACAGCUUCCACUUACAGCUGCAGCACAUCUGUAGCGGGGGAUGACCAAAGCAGCAUCUCCAGCUCCUCCUCCAGUCAGUCUGAUGCGAGCUAUGGAAGCAGACUUCCAUUUGGGGUGGAACCGUUAUCUAGAACGCACCUCUCCAAAGAGACGUUGUCAAGCUCCUCCACCCUAAAUGUUUUGACCAGUUCAGAUGACCGGCUUUAUGCUGCUGUGAUGUGUCCAUCUUCUGCCCAGCUCCAUCCUCGGUGUCUCCAUGACAGCGGGCGGCAGAGCUCGUUAGACAGUGGGAUCGGGAUAGUGACAGGCAGUCAGUCGUCAUACUCAGGAAGUGUCUCCUCAUAUACAGGAAGUCUGGAUAUGGCCGGCCAGGGAGGGGAGGGAGAGUUUGGCUCCGUGGCCAGCCUCCUUGCUCCACCUCAUUCUCCUUCCACACCUCCUGCCAUUCAUCCCCCUACUCCUCCUCUUCCUCCUCCUCCUUUUCAGUCCACACUUACCCCAGAGCACAGGUCUGCUACCUCCCCCUGCCCUUGUUCCUCCAGAUCUAGCUCUCGUGCAUCCCCAAUGCACAGUGAGGAGUAUCAAUUUCCCAGCCUGCUCAGAGUGUGGUACGACACCCCCAGGAGUCUGCUCCACACCCUGUCCCUGAGGGAUCAAUCUGUACAAGAAAGCCCACCUGAGCUGGCCAGGGACAGCAGGAGCAGUAGGGAUGGAGUGGGUAGUCAAGGACAAAGGUACAGCCCCAAAGGACUCAGGGCUCAGCGUCAGGUCAUGAUGCAGCGCUCCCGCUCCUGGGGCAGUGAGAGGGCGCCCUCUGUGGACAGUGAGGGGAGGUCCACACCUAGACCCCUGCUGGUGCCUGGAGGCUCGGUUUGUGGAGAAAUACAGGGCAGUCAUGGCGUAGACAACUACAUUACACCAGAGCAGUGGCGGUCAGCGAGGAACAGAUGCUCGACUCAGGUUGCCAACUCACCAUCUGGCCUGUCACCUUCUGCUGAUACACUAGAUCCUCUCCUCUGUGUAAGAGAGGAGCAGUAUGGGCAUAAGUUGGCAGGUCUGAAGAGGAUGGUGCCCUUACUGCCACCCUCUGCCCCCCCACCUCUGCCCGUUGCACUGAGCAUGCAUAGGCCAACAUUAGUCUGUGGUAUGCUCCAGUUUGCUCAUGAAGCUCCUCCGUCAGUAUCCCUGGACACUGGGCUCCAGUGUGACAGCACUGUUAAUUAUGUUAACAUACCCAUCAGCCCCCUGGCAGCUAGAACCAACAGAGAGCUGGACCUGCAGGAGCCCGGCUCAGCUCCAGUCUCCAGGCCGUACAGUGCUGGCCGAGGUAACGCUUUGCAGCUCUGUAGACCCAAAGAAGGCUCCAUUAGGUACGCCCACCUCAUCACUGCCAUGGAAACAGCUCAGAGAGUGGGGGCAGAGUGGAAAGACUGACUCAGCUUGAGAGCAGGCGGCAGGGGCCACCAGACUGACUACACAGCACCCUACUCAACACUUCAUUACAGAUUCUCUCUGAAGUGCUUAAUUGCAGUUGGUUAUAUCAAUCAUUGCUACUUGUACUUAACACACCCACAGUUGUGCCAGUGAACAGAAAUUUCCACAAACAAUCCAUUCCACUAAGAAAUAGAAGGAAAUGUCUGGGAAGUCUCUUGCGCAGGUGCCAUCUUGGACGUGUGUUUUAAGUUGUCAUAUCCUUGUAUUUAAAUUAGUGCUCAACUUUUUACCCAAGAAAUGUUUUUUGUUUUUUUGCUGCAUGACAGUUAUGUCUGCCUCUUUUAGAUUCUCAGGUGACUGUUGAGCAUUGAUAUAAAUAGCCUUAAUUAUGUGGAAAUGGCACUGAUAUUUUAGAUAAGAGAGACUUUCUCUUAAAUUCCAGCUUGAUUUAGUUUCUUCAGGCUAUUUUACUAAGAUCAAUAAGAUAAAGCCGCACUUGAGUCCCAGCCUUGGCUAUCAUUCCACAUUAGAUCUUAAAAGCAUCUUGGAGUUAAAUCUCAAGUACAAAUUCCAUUAAUCCAGGUCUAUGUGGCCCUAACAGAACAUGGCUGAGUAAUCGGCCAGCAACAUUAUUUAUCACAGUAAUCAAUGUCUCUGUGCUUUUUCAUUAAUCAAUCCAGACCAGAAGCAGUGUGUGUUCCAUUUCCCAAUUCCCUCUUGAUAUCAUCAUCAGGACAAAUUGUUUAGUAUUUGACGCCAAUUCAUUUUUAUGGUGGCAGUUCCCCGCCGGUGUGUGAGUAGGA